AUGCAGCAAUGGUUAGAAAGAUGUUCCAUUUGCUUUGAAUCAAAAUUGGAUUUAUGUCUUGAUUACUGUAGAGACCAGUUCUGUUUAGAUUGCUUUCAAAAGUACGUAUCCGAAGUAGUGAAAUCGUCUUGGGGGCUGAGUGUGACGAAAAUCAGGUGUCCCGUGUGUAGAGUCUUCAUUCCGCAAUCCGAAUGGACUAAAUUCGUACCGAGUUCUAUUGUGGAGUUAUAUAUCAAGUUUAAUAGACCCUAUCGAAGUUUUUCUAGGUGUUGUCCACAUUGUGAAACAGAAGCUAUCCCAUGUGAUUUUGUUAGCGGUCAUUCUUAUUGUGAAGGGACGAGUCGAUCGAAAUCCAUCUCUGGACUGAUCAGUGAGUUUUACAGCAAGACAGAUCAGACAGUGAUGAAUACAGCCUAUCCAUAUUAUAUCCAAAACCUCUUUGAAAAAUCAGAGUGGAAGAAUUCAACUUUACCGGAUAUCCACCAUCAACUGAUAUCCAGACUUAUUCAAACCUGCAGUAUGUUGGAUCAAUCUGAUUUAGCAAAGAGAAUAUCCCAAGAGAUUUUGCAGUUGGAGAUGAGACCAGAUACAUGGCGUAAAUUACAGUUUGAUCAUAUCUCCUUCUUUUCAAACAUGAAUUGUAUGACCUGUGAAAAAACAUUCUGUUUACAGUGUGGCCAUGAAGAUGCUCAUUUUAAUUUGACAUGCGAACAAAAUAUGAAACAACUCAUCAUGCAAAAUGAACAACAACAAAUAAACAAUGAUUUUGUACAAACCCUAAAAUGGAAAUUAGAAAACAGCUGUUCCAUCAUGAUUAACCGCGAUGAAGGAUGUAAUAAGGUAGAGUGUACCUUGUGUGGAUUCAGUUUUUGUUGGGAAUGUAAAUCUAUCUGGUCAGAUGUAAAGUUGGAAAAAGGGAGGGAAGAAAAGGGAGGAGGACCAUUAAAUAUCAUUUUUUUUUUUGUAGGGCUGUGGUUUCUUUAA